AUGAUAAUGAUGAUGCGCUACGUGCUGUGUGUCCUCGCUCUCCUGCUCUCAUGUGCGUGUGUGCACGUCCUCGCUGAAGAAGUGCCUGCCGCCGAUCUUUCCGACCAAGUCCCUGAUACGGAGAGUGAGACAAAGAUUCUUCUUCAAGGUACUCCUGUCAGUUGCUCUACUGAAGGUACUGGACCUUCUGUUGACGGUGAAUCUUGUGCUGAGGCUGCUGCUGCUGGUGCUGGUGCUCAAGAGCAUAACUCCAACGGUCAGAACAAUCAAUCUGCAAGUGGUCAACAGCAGGGUGCUGGAGGUAGUGGCCUAUCUUCUCAGACGAGUGAACCGGGUCGUGUAGCUGAAGCCACUACUACUCAAAACGAGAGGAGGAAUAAGUUACCAGGUGCAGAGGAUGGUGCAGGAAGGAGUCAAGGAAGUCAACAGCAGCAAGAGAGCAGUCAAGAUUCCAUAGAAAGUAAAGAAGCAACUCCUGGGGUGACAGAGAACUCAAAUCAAGAAGGUUCACCACAGCAACCUCAACAAACUGGUGAUACAUCCAAUGACAGUAGCGCAGUCAACACCAGUGCAGCCAGUGGAGAAGGUACAGCUGCACAAUCAUCUCCUACUUCUGCAUCUUCUCAAACUGAUGGAACUGCGGAUGGUGGUAAUUCUNGCCGCCGAUCUUUCCGACCAAGUCCCUGA